GAGCCUCCUAGUCCCACCAGUGACAAAUCAGAAAUCCGGCCAGAGCAGUGAGUCUGUCUGGGCCUUCUGUCCUCUGUAAGACCUCAGAGCAGUCAGAUCCAGGAUGAGGCUGCUGCUUGUUACUGUGUUACUAACGGUGGCGCUCGCUUAUUAUGUUUACAUCCCGCUGCCUGAUGCCAUCCAGGAGCCCUGGAGGUUGAUGCUGCUGGAUGCUGGAUUCCGGGCAACGAUGCACCUGGCCUCUUUGAAGGCUUGGCUGGGUUUUGACCAUUAUAUCAGGUCCCUCAGGCAGUCGAUGGAGGGCUUUGAUGACAUGGCGCUCAGUUCUGAGUCCAGCGGAGGGGUCAUGCCGGGAGUGAAAGUCAGCGACAUCACUUUCGCCGGCAUCCCGGUCCGUGUUUACGAGCCCCCUGCUGGAGGCGAAGGCCAUCUGAGGAGAGGGUUGAUGUAUUUCCACGGAGGAGGCUGGGCCCUCGGCAGUGCCAAGAAGGGAUCAUAUGAUACAAUCAACCGGAUGUUGUCCGACGAGCUCAACACCGUUGUGGUAUCUGUUGAGUAUCGUCUGUAUCCGGAGGUGCACUUCCCAGUGCCGUAUUUAGACUGCCUCGCUGCUGCCAAGCACUUCUUGUCCCCAAAUGUUCUAGCCAGGUAUGCCAUCGACCCAGAGCGUGUGGCUGUGUCAGGUGACAGUGCUGGAGGAAACCUGGCUGCUGCGGUCGCUCAGGAGGUUUCAAAAGAUGACACUAUAAGUGUGAAAUUCAGCGUUCAGGCGUUGAUCUACCCCGUGCUCCAGGCUCUGGACUUCAAUACGCCCUCCUACUUGCAGAACCAACACAUACCCAUCCUCUACCGCCCAGUCAUGGUUCGCUUCUGGCUGCAGUAUCUCGGUGCUGACCUCUCCCUGCAGUCCCAGUGGAUGGUGAACAACCACAGCUCCUUACACCACUCAAGCAUUACCCCAGAGCUGAGGGCGCGGAUAGACUGGACAGUCCUCCUGCCCCCGAAAUACAAGAAGAGCUACAAGCCUCUGAUUGUGGAAAAGGAUUCGCAGGGGUCAGCAAAGGAGCUGUCGGGGAUGCUGGACGUAAGGGCAGCACCACUGUUAACAGCACCAGAGGUUUUGGCUAAAUGCCCUCGGGCGUACAUCCUAACAUGUGAGCAUGAUGUGUUGAGGGAUGACGGCCUGAUGUACGUGCGCCGCUUACAGGACGCAGGUGUCAAAGUCUUCAGUGAUCACUACGAAGAUGGCUUCCACGGAUGUUUCAGCUUCAUAACUUGGCCAUUUGAAUUUGAUGUAGGGAAGAGGGCACUUAGGGGUUACCUCAACUGGCUCAAGAACAACUUGUAAGAGUGUGUGUGUGUUUGUGUGUGAGUGUAAGUGUCUAUAUGGGUGCAUGCAUGUGUGUGUUCUACCAAUACAAAUGCACUAGUCCUUGCUUUAUGAAUCACAUACUUUCCAAGUGCUUGUACAUCUGCUCUUUGUAUCAUAUAAAAUCUAAGCUCAGGGCCCUACCUGUACAUACACACACACCACCUUGGUACAUAUGAAGAUUCUUUAAGGUUUGCAGUGGAGAAGGGCAAAUAUGUUCAAAUUACCCUGGCUAACAAUAAAUACACAGCCACAAGCUUUCCACUAAUGGAUAAAUGAAUCAGCUGCUUCCACUGUGAGGAACCACAUCAGUACACUUAUUUUUAUCCACACCACAAACACAAGAGCAGUGUAUUUCACAAAGAUUGUAAUUGGUUUUAUGCUUUUCAGGCCUAUUACAAGUUAGAAACUCCUGAUCACAGGCUCAUGUUAGCAGUGGCAGUGUUUUUGUUUGAUCUUUGUUUGAUUAUAUGGCUCAGCAAGUUACAUUUUGUCAUAUGUCAAUGUUUGUUGUUCCAUCACUGCAAUAUGUUGAUACAGACGGUCAUGACAACCAGAGAAUGAACCCUAAUGACUUUGGUGAUCCCCUGAUUUUUCCGGUAUCUCGUCAACAGCCGGAUGAAUAGUCAUGAAAUUUGCCACGCACAUAUUCGUGGCCCUUAGAAUAUUAUAGUAAGUAACUUUUCCCUUAACUUUUCAUCCAGUGCCAUAAUCAGAUCAAAAUAUGAAUUAAUUUCAUGACCAAAUACCUGCAAAUCUAAUGAAAUUCCCAUCAGCCUCAGCCAUACUUUGGAUUUAGCGCUAAUUAACUAAUGUUAGCAUGCUAACACGCUAAACUAAGAUGGUGAACAUGCUAAACAUUAUCUGCUUCGCAUUAGCAUUUCAGUACUGUCAUUGUGAGCAUGCACCUCAAAGCACCUGGCUGUGGUCUCUUGUAGUGACGUCAAACAUGAGACAGAUGACAUUUGUAAAUGAUAUUGUAUCUUUUAAAUAAAUAUGCCGCUUCAAAAAAACCAGGCAUAACGCUUUCUCAAGGUCCUUUUUUUCUAAUGGGGAGUUCAGUACUUUUCUUGUGGACAGUAUUGUCCUUUUACAUGUAUCAUUCACAUUGUAUUCUACUUACAGGACAUUCUGUGUAUCUGAACCAUAGUAAACUGUGAAUGAAAUGUUUUGUGAUUUAAAUGCCUGGCUAGGGAUGCUUUUGCGACAUGAAUGAGUCACUGAAGUUGCAAUUUGCAUUGAGUAGCUGCAGCAAACUGAGAAUCUGCAAGGGCUUCAAAUACUGUAAUUUUACCUCUAAAUUUAACUUUCCCAUCUUUUAAGCAUUCCACGUGGGAUGCAAUUUUCCUCUGUGUCUCUGCUCUGCCCACUGUUGUGAUUUAUGAGGGAACUGAUGAAGGGUGUCAAUAAAAAAAAAACAUGAAGAAU